AUGUCACCGGCGAUCGAGAAGUCAAGCAGGAUCCACCACAUUGUCAGAGUCCGACAGAUGCUCCGCCGUUGGCGCCGUCGAUCCUCUUCAUCUUCACGGCGGUGCAUCGCAAGUGAUGUGCCGGCUGGGCACGUAGCGAUCUGCGUCGGAAUCAAUUGCAGAAGGUUUAUCGUGCGAGCGACGUACUUGAAUCAUCCGAUUUUCCAAAAGCUUCUGAUGGAUGCCGAAGAAGAAUACGGUUUCACGAACAUCGGUCCGUUGACGAUUCCGUGUGAAGAAUCGGAGUUCGAAGAGAUCCUCCGGUUCAUAUCUCGACCGGAACUCGGUAACAACAAAAAACCGAGCCGUCACGUAAAUCUCGAGGAUUUUCAGAGGUGCUGCCACGUGGAUUACGUAGGUGAAUCUAAGCCGCUCCUCCAUGGAUCAGUGUAUUAG